UAGUCAACCAAUCACAAAAGCAACAAGCAAAUGUUCCACAAAACACUCUUCAAAUUCGAAACGAGGAAACCUAAACCUGAGCAAAAUUAAAGGAGUAAAAAAUUAAAGGUAGAGAGGGUUUGUAAAGUGAUCUCAAGGGAUUGCAAAGAGGCGGUCCAUGGAGAGUGGCGUAACAGUGUAAGUUUUCCUUCCCAUGGGCUGCGGACAGAGUUUGUUACAAUUCUUUGGACGUGACUCGAACGUUCCAAGAUCGAAUCACUUGAUGGCCAAGCCGAAAGUACACACUGUGAGCAAAAGGCUGAAGCUGGGUGUUGGCUAUGAAGAUCCAGCCAUUCUUGCUGCCCAGACCACCUUCAAAGCAACUGAGGUGGAGGAUUUGUACAAUCUAUUUAAGAAACUAAGUAGCUCUUUGAUUGAUGAUGGUGUAAUUCACAAGGAAGAGUUCCAGUUAGCACUUUUCAGAACUCAAGUGCCUGAAAAUUUCUUUUCUAAUCGGGUUUUUGAUCUAUUUGAUUUGAAAAAGAAUGGUGUGAUUGAGUUUGGAGAAUUUAUUAGAUCUUUAAGUGUUUUUCAUCCCAAUGCACCAUUUGAAGACAAAAUUGAUUUUGCUUUUAGGUUCUAUGACCUAAGACAAACUGGAUAUAUUGAACGAGAGGAUGUCAAAAAGAUGUUAUCAAAUUUACUGGAAGAAUCAGAGUUACACCUUACAGAUGAUGUUGUAGAGUCUAUACUCGAUGAGACAUUCUCUAAUGGAAGCAAAAGAAUCAGCAGAGAAGAGUGGGAGAAUCUUGUGAAGUCAAGUCCUUUCCUGAUGCAGUAUAUGACUCUUCCUUAUUUACAGGAUAUAACAACUACGUUUCCAAGCUUUAGAUACAAUACAAUUGAUGAUGUCCAUGAAGAUACUGGUGCAGGACAGUAACACUAAUUGUUUUUUAUAUUAUCAUGUACCUUUGUUUUGUUUAAUUUCAUAAAUUUCAAAAUACGUUAUUUUCGUAUGUUGUAAUUGCCUCUUAAGGAGGGAAAUAUAUCUCCUCUUUAAUCUGGAAGGCUUAAAAUGACACAGAGCUGAGCUAUUACAAUGAUUGAUCCUUAGAACUAUGUUAAUUGCUUUUGUGGUGACAAAUAAUGUUCUUGAAAACAUCGAUUUGAUAAAUUGGUUAUUGGUUUAAAGAAUUGACCAAUACUAAAUAUAUUCUAUAAUUGAAAGAAAAUUUUUAAAUAUUAAUAUAUAAUCACACCCUUUAGAUAA